UUCAAUUUAGGGGUGGUGUGGUCACCUGACCGACCUCCACCAACCUCCCUCCCGCAUCCGCAUCCGCAUCGCAUCGCAUCGCAUCGCAUCCAUCAUCUCGACAUUGAAGCCACCAAUCGAGCCAUUGAGCCAUUGUUCGCGGCGUGUGCUGCAACCGCUACCGCAACCAUGGCUGGCCCUAGCAAGUCUCUGAUCCUCGACCCGGCUCUUCAGAAAUACUACGAACUCAACGCCAACCGCUACAAGUACUUCCGCUGGACGCCGCGCACCGCUUGGCUGACCUUUGUCUAUGCCGCUCUGAUCCCGGGGGCGCUGGGCGUGGUUGCGUACAAGUAUGAUGAUGAAUGGACCAUCGAGCGAUUGAGCGAUUGA